AGGAAGGCUCGUAACGGGAAUCGAGACACGACUUUGACCUCCUUUAUGAGCCGGAUUCACAUGGAUGGGUUGUCGUCGUUGUCGUCUUCUGUUGAAGACCAGUUCGCGGAGGGGUCGGUUGCAAUGACCGCGAAGAGUGAUGAUAACGUUAGUUCUUUGGCAUGUAGCAUUGAGACUCUGGAAUACUCUGAUGACGAGUAUGUAAUCCGAGUACCUGGCUACAUUGGUAACCCCUCAGUCUUCAUGGACGCGCGAUUGCGAUGGCACCUAGCAAGGACAGCUUGGAAUCAUAUGGUUAGGAACGUGUUGGGCGUCUUUUGGAAACGGAUGCACACCAUGCGUAAAGACGGCUGGCUGCUAUACGUCCAGCUAUUUCUCCCUUCGCUCAUGGCCCUGAGCUUCAACAUUAGCUGGCUUUUCCAACCGCCAUAUCCCAAUCUCGAUCGCAACCAGAUCUACGACACAACCACGGACGCAACAUAUUCAGACUUCAUUUACAAACACGGAGACUCCGUACUGAUGGAACGCUCACCCAUGGAAAUCGCAAGUGGAUUCUUCGAUCCACGGGAUAGUGCUAGAGACGCCCCUCGCGGAGAUAGAAUCUACUCUUCCAUCCCAAUCGUCGACCAGGUCGUGGAUCAAAUCCAAUCUCAAAUCCAGUCGAAGUUCACGAGUGCCGCUCUGUCGUCCCGCACUCGUCGUUUGGGGCAGUCCGACAACCAUGUUGGUACAGGCCAAGUUUUAGGCUCCGGGUUCGACGUGGGAUUCGAACCGGGGUUUGACGGCGGCGAGUCCAAGAGUACGUAUCACGGUUCGCCGCGUCCUAUGACAGACCCUGGAGGCGACCCGAAUCCAGGAACGUGGUGGGAUGUAGCCAGUGAUUCCCGAAUGCUAAUUGACCGCCCCGUGAGUGGUUUGUUUACUGAGGGUAAGAUUACUGAAGAGAAGUCGUGGGCCGAAAAGCCCGAUAUGUCGUGGCGAGACGGGUUAGAGGCAUCGGAAUCGGAGGCUUCCGAGUCGGGUACAUCGUUAGCUGAGUUGUGUAGCGGUAAGGGUAUUCCUUCGUCUGUGUUUGUGAACCAGCCAGUGGCGUGGGCAUUGGUGAUGCAGACGGUGUUCCAUGUGAUGGCAUUUGAAUUGAUACCCUCAGUGUGGGGUAACUACGUAACGGCUGAGCGUUCAUCGGGCAAUAAGAUCCAUCAGCAUGCGGCAGGCAUCCCAUUGUCAUUAUACUGGUUCGGAGAGUUGGUGUGGGAUUGUGUGAUCUUUGUUAUUUCGGGUACAUUAUGCGUCCUAACGUUGUUGGCUACGGGUUCUCCGUUAUUGACGACAGGGACGUGGUUCUGGUUGUUCCUAUCGCUGGGUUUCUUUGCCGUCUCGGCGGCCGCUGGGACCUUCUUCCUGUCGUUCAUCUUUCAUUCUGGCACGACUAUUCAGAUCGUGAUGAUGAGUGGUGGCGUGAUCAUCCCCAUUCUCGUUGGCGCGCUCCAUGCUGUGGGGCCCACGAACACCAGCCAAUAUCUCACAUACGGCUUCCUACUCGUGCCCCACUCGGCCCUCGCCCAGAUAUGCUACUCUCUGGUGUUCGAUUGCGCCUGCGGACCCCACCUGAACAAAUGUCCAACACAGUUCGUCUCCUUCGACAUGAAUGGAUGGCCACUCCUCUACAUGGCCGUCGAAUGCGUAGUCUACUUUGGUGCUGUCAUCGUUCUAGACGCCCUCAAACACGACCCCUGGAUGUCUUCCUUCGCCAAAAAGUUCCGCUGCUUUGACCCUUCAGCCGUCCGCAAAAAACUUAAGCUGAAACACUCCUCAUCCAGCAUCACACCCGACCAUACUAAUAAGGUUAUCCUCCAACCUCACAGCCCUAGACCAAGCCCCCGUGCGCAUAACCCAGGAAGCCGAUCCAGUCCAGCAAGGCGAUCCAGUCCAGCAAGGCGAUCCAGUCCAGCAAAACACCUAAUCGCAUCUAGCUCAACCGCCCAACAGGAAGAGGGCUAUGCCAGGACCCAACCACGACACCAACCUCUCACAAACGAACAGACCAACAGCGUCUCAAAAACCCGCUCAGAACGCCUUCAGGAAAAUAACUACGACCGUAACCGCGGACCUAUCCGAGCGGGCCCGGACAUCUGGAACAAGUCCGUUGACGUCCUCACUGUCGGUCCCCAGGUGGUCAGCCCAGACCUGGCGGCGACGGCGCGGACUACAAGGCAUUCUAACAAAACUGGUCCCGAUGACGAACCCGUUUCGGGGGACUACAAACCUGCUCCGGGAGAUAAUCAUCAGGCCAGUCCGGGAGACGAGCCGCACCGACCGAAGCAGGUGCGAGACUUCUUCAAGGGGCAGACGUGGCACGGACGUCGUGGGGAUGCGCGGUACAGCGUGGCGUGCGAUCACGAGACGGCGACGAAGCAGAGGUCAGUUCUUAUGGCGAUCGAAGCGAGUCGGAAUACAACGGCAACGCCACACAAGCGGCUGUUGCGAGCGGACAAACGUUCGUUCUUGUCGCUACGACGACGGUUCCUAGUGGGGAAGUACCGGAGUCCGAUGGACAGUCCGGACGAUGACCGGUUUGGCGUUCGUGAGGAGAAGGAAAGAGUCAAGGAGGCAGUGCGUCGACUAGAGUGCGGAGCUGAGGAGCAGCGCAUGGUGUCUCCAUCCAAGACGCUACACUUUGACGCAGAGGACGACUUACUGAUCGCCGACGGGAUCAGCAAGUGGAAGGUGAGUGCACACUUCGGCGCUAUUGAAGCGGCCAAUUACUUCGGACGACGGCGCUACAUUAUCUGCGACCGCUCGCACUUCACGGUGCGGUCGGAGGAGGUGCUGGGGUUCGUGGGACUUAACGGCUGUGGCAUGAGUUCAGUCCUGAACAUCCUCUCGGGCAAGACUACACCUACCGAGGGCCGGUUAUGGAUGAACGGCGUCAACCUCCAGGUGCAUCCUCACGCUCGUUGGGGAAAGGUGGGCUUUUGCAGCCAGUCGGACGCGGUCCUGGAGCCGAAAAUGACGGGGCGCGAAACGCUGGAGAUGUUCGGGCGGAUCGGACUGAUUGAACGUGAAUAUCUCCGCCGUACGGUUAUACCGGAGGCCCUGGCCAUGGUGGGGCUGAAGGACAUGAAAAACCGGUUAGUGGGUAGCUAUAGCCAGGGCGACCGGCGGAAGUUAUCGUUCAUAUUAUCACUGUUGACAGGUGCUCGGAUUCUUGUGCUAGACUCACCCACUCUCGGCAUGGACAUCACAGCGCGGAAACGUAUUUGGCACGUUGUCGACCAUCUGAAACGCAACUUCGGCAAGGCCGUGGUCGUGGCGUCUCCCACGCCGGCAGAGUGUGAAGCCCUUGCGGACAGAAUAGCGUACAUGCAACAGGGAAAGAUUGUCGCCGUGGGUACUCUGGAGAGUGUGAAGGCGCACCUGGGGCACUCGUAUGAGGUGCUGCUGAAUGCAUACGCGGCCAAACAAAUCGACGAGCCGAUCACCUUUGGCAGCGAGAUUAUUCGCGAGACGCAUGUACUGCUCUAUGAUCGUCUACUUACAGACCUUGUGACCACAUUCCCGGGCUCCGAACUCGUCGAGGUUUUAGGGACCUGGGGUCGCUUCAUCGUGCCCGUCGAGGAAACAAGUGAGUCCGACGAAGACUGUAUCCCGGAAUAUGACGAAGAAGCUCUCAGGGUCAUCAAGACACGCAGCCGACGACGAAGCGGCUACGACGAGGCAGCUGAUAUACGCGAAGCUUACGCAGUCAUUCGCCACAAGGAAGUCUUCCACAUGGCCAGCGCACCCAGCAUCGAGGAACUCUCGCGCCGUCUGCGUUCACCGGACGAAGACACACUCGCGUGUGCGGAACUUGCCGGCUUCAUCCGUAGAGACGUUACCGCCGAAAAAGCUCGCUCCCCCAUCAGCGAAGGCAAAAACACUACUCGCGGUAGUGCCUGGAGCUACUCCCCCAGCCGCUCGUCACCCGGGCAUUCGGCGAAAGGCCGGUCGCCAAAAAGCCGGUCGCCAAAAAGCCGGUCGCCAAAAAGCCGGUCGCCAAACGACCGCUUCAGUAAGUACCACGCGCAACUCGACCGACUCAGCAGCCGUUCCUCCGGCUGCAGCGCCGUCCGCGGCAGCCGCUACCGCCUUAACAGCCGCCUGCCGCCCACGACCCAACUGGUACCUGUCCUUCCGGCUGGACUUGCCGAGCGCCCGCUCAGCACCAGGCAAUCCCUCAAGUCCAAAAAGCUCCUGCAAAGGACACCCACUCCCACCACCACGCCCAGACCACCGCCCGGACUCGGCCUGUUGCCUAACUUCCGACGGUCGCCUCCCCGGACUCGCGCCAACGAGCUUUCGUCCUCAAGACUACUUAGUCAAAACGGCAAGUCGCCUGCCUACAACAGACCCUGGUCCCCCAGCUCCGGUACUGGGUCCGGAUUGGGCGGCAGCUUUGGUCUGGGCGGCGGCUCCGGUCUGGACGGAGGAUACGGCAGCGGUAUGGGUGGGGGAUCCGGUCUGGAAGACUGGCUACCAUCUAAUCCGGCUGGGGCAAGUUCAGACACGGAUCUGGCUGAUUCGUGGGUUAAGGAUGAAGGGUCGGUGACCAUUGAAGAACCCAUGUCCCAGCGAGCAAUAUCCCAGCAAACGGGGUCCCAAGCGCCGUCUGGUAAGACUGGCAAAAUGUCGUCCUCUUAUGGCUCUCCGGCCUUCCCGCGGGACAGCUUGGACCAACGGUCACGAUCGCGUGGACGAAAAAUGUACGAGUCAGUUGAACCGUUCUCUGACAGCGGCACAUCCUAUUGCGCCUCAGGCCACGAAGUCAACAUGGCCCAGGUUUACCGAUGGUUAGAGUCGCGAAAAGCGACCUACCGGAUCAUGGAAAUGCGAAUCUGUCCGUCGACACUCGAGACGUCCUUCGUUCUAGCCGAAAAACGAGUACUCGAAAACAACGCCCCUUAA